GAGCGGGCGGGGAGGGAGGGAGCGGCCUGUGCGCGAGGAGCCGUGGGGCGGCGCGCGGGCUCUCGAGUGUCUCCGCGCAACCGGGCCGGACCGGGUCAAGCUCCAGCCCCGACACGGGCCUCGCCGACACCGGGCCGGGCCUGACGCCGCUGCCACCGCCGCCACCUUCCCUCCCGCCCCCUUCUCGCUCCUCUCCGUCCGCCGGCCCGGUGUGUGGGAGGCGCCGGGCCCGUUCCGGAGAACGCCGACGCGCUCAAUGCCCGGGGUGUUCUGUUGGAAUAUACGUCCCACAUUUAUGGCGAUUCUGAGCGUGAGGGCAGACUUCUGCCAGGCCCAGCACAGCAUCCUGGCUGACAAGUGAGCUGAGCACAGGGGGUUCUACGUGCCAUAGUUACUUUGCCUUGAAGACUCCAGACACAGCAAACACACUCAAAUAUAUGGGAUAUCCUCUGCACAUUGGAAGCCUAUUCUUUUUACUGACUCUAGCAAAACUAAGCAUCAAGAAAACAAAGUGGAGAGAAAACCUGCCCCUUACUUUUUUGCCUCACCAGUGCCUAAAUGUAGAACAGGCUGCCUAGUCUUGCAAAUAGUCAGAAUUUUUGGAGUCUGAAGGAUACCACCUGCAGUAAUUGAGGCUGAAGUUGAAUUCAAGUGGAUUCUGAAGCAAACCUGCUUUUCUAGAAGUAAAUUCCUUAAGGAACAAAACACAUCAAAGCAAGCUCUGAUCAAUCCCAGGCGUUUUAGUGGUCUUUUUAAUGUUUUCUGCUGUGAAACGUUUCCAAGGUUAUUGAUUUAUUUUUUUUAAGUCAUUUUUUUGGCCCCUGACACUUUUUGUUUGCCAUUAUGAACCGUCCAGCCCCCGUGGAAAUUACUUAUGAAAAUAUGCGUUUCCUGAUCACUCACAACCCCACCGACGCGACCCUCGGCAGGUUCAUAGAGGAGCUGAAGAAGUAUGGAGUGAGAACCUUGGUGCGAGUUUGUGAAGCCACUUACGAUAAAGCUCCUAUCGAAAAAGAAGGAAUCCAGGUUCUAGACUGGCCAUUUGAUGAUGGAGCACCACCCCCUAAUCAGAUAGUUGAUGACUGGCUAAACCUGUUGAAAACCAAAUUCCGUGAAGAGGCUGGAUGCUGUGUUGCUGUUCACUGUGUUGCAGGGUUGGGAAGGGCUCCUGUCCUGGUUGCACUUGCGCUCAUCGAAAGUGGAAUGAAGUACGAAGAUGCAGUUCAGUUUAUAAGGCAGAAAAGGAGGGGAGCUUUCAAUUCCAAACAGCUGCUUUACCUUGAGAAGUACCGACCUAAGAUGCGAUUACGCUUCAAAGAUGCCAACGGUCACUGCUGUGUUCAAUAAAAACAAAAUAAAUCUCAGUCGAAGGCAGAAGUUAGCAUGGCUGUUUUCUGGACUCUUGGCACCUGGAAAUGUGAAUCUGGAAUCAAACUACGUCAUCAAAUAGUGGUGGAGUCAGUGCUCCUCAACCUCUCUCCUAAUGGUGGUGAUGAUUGAAAAAAAAAAAAAGAAUUAAAAUAAAAAAAACCAAUUAAGAGAAACAUUUCAGUGAAGGAUCAUUUUCUCCUUUAGCUGCAGUUUGAACAUCUGCAAGGAGAAAAUAAGUUUCUGAACCUUCUGUAUUUUUAACUUUUUAAGAAAAGAAAUAAAGUAAAUUUUAUGUCUGAGGAAAACCAGUAGAGCAUUGGCUUGUGCAGAAACUAUUUUCUUGAUUGGAGGGAAGUACCCCACAGUUAGGGCCUGAUCCAUUAAUUCCUAUGGAACUCUCUUAAAUGGAGUUGCCUUUUUUUAGCCUUGCUGGGACCUGGCAGAGAUGUGAGGAGGAGCCUUUGUUGCUGUGCAGUCUGACAGCCUUAAGCCCAACCUGGGCGUGUUCUAGAGGUUCUGUGAUGUCUCUGUCUGUGUGGUGUUCAGACUCUGCAGGUGUGAAAAAACUUCCUGGUGGGCUUUAACAGAAGACUCACUGUCUGAUAUCUUUGAACCUGCUAAAAGCCUUUUCUGAUUGAUGAAAGUGCUUUUAACUGUGUGAGUGUGUGUGUGUGUGUGUGUGUGUGUGUGCACACGUGUGUGAUCUCAGGUGUCUGUGUCAGUCUUUUUUUUCCCAAAGAAUUUGGCUGAAAUGUUAAUUGUCUUUCUGUUCUUACAACAUCUGUCCCAGCAGAAGACUCAUGUUCAGAAGUGUCCUAAGUGAGCAAGGGACAGUUCAGACAAGGAUUUAAAAUUAAUGUACCUGUCACAAGAAAGAAGAAAAGGUGCUUUGCUGCUGUCCUGAUUCUGGCUGGAUGCAGUGAAUCAGGAUUUGGAGGGAGGGUCUCAGCUCCAUUGUAUGUGAGGUGAAGGUGUGAACACAGGAACACUGAGCAUGGGUAAUGCCUGGUGUGGGUGUUCUCCCAGACAAGCCCUCCAGUACAGUGCAGUUUAACCACUGAUUGCCUUGUAACUUUUUUAUUUGGCUCGUUUGGAGGGAGGAUCCCCCAGUCAGACACCAACAUGCCUGUCAUGUGCUCACUGUUGGCAAACAGUAAACAUGCUGGUGUUUGGAGUGUGGACUGGCACCACGUUCUGUUCAUAGGGCCAUUGGUGGUGUGAGUUAAUGAAGUCAUUUUACAGCCUCUAAUGAGCAGUUUCAGCCAGGCUACUUCUACCAAACACGUUAACUCAGUGCCCUGCCCCACGAGUGACCUCAUGCUUUCAACUUGACAUCAUGUCUGUAGUACUCAGCUACUGAAGGCUUUGAGUGGAGGUUCAGGGUCCUGCUCUCUGGUGACCUGGUUGCUGUGGAGCACCAAAGGCUUUUGCUGCUCUGUGCCUGUGGUGGGCACAGAGUGGUGCCCAUCUCCCCCCAGUACCUCAGCUGCUGCCUUCCCAGGCUGUGUCCCUGCUCUCAGUCUGCAGCAUCACUGCACAAAGGUUUUCAGAACACACAAGGAGUGGACUUUCAGAGUUCUGUCUCUGGAAGGGGUUUUUAAAUGAAGGCAAAAAGGAUUGGUACUUGUCAAGCCCCUCACUUUACCAAGAGAUCUGUUUGAGGUCCAUGGCUAGAAAAUACCAUGCUCCACAAAACUCUGUACCCUGGCUCGAGCUGUUCUGUUGUACCGAGUUCCUUCCUCCCUUGCAGAUGUGUAAUGUUUCUGAUUCCUUUCCUAGAUAAAGGAGACGUGAAAGUGUUUGUGAUGUCAACGUCUACAUUAGGGAAAUAACAGAUCUGGUAAUGUUUGAGCCUGUGUGGAAGGUAGAUGAUGCUGAAAUGACCUAAUUCUGGCCUUUACCUUCCCCUCACUAGAAGCCUAAUGUUCUAACUGUUUCUGCAAAUGAAAAUUGAAGUUUUGAGUAAGAUGAAAUAGUAGUAGUUAAAGCUGUUUUGAUGAACGGUGGAAGUCAGAUUGGAGGGGAAGGUGUUGAGCUGGAUUAAAAACCAAACCCCUGAGCCCUUCUGAAGAACAAUAAAAUACAUUUUUCAUGCUCUGUAUAACUUUGCAUUCUUCCCCCUAGUUUUACUCUGAUUUAUAAUGUGCUAAUUAUCAUAUACUAUGACUCUGCAGCCUUAACUGAGGGACAAUAGUGAAAAGUGCAGACUCAGUACAGUGUAGACACAAAGGGGGGGAACAUAAUUGUGACCCAUGUCCCAUAGGCACAAUACUUGGUUCAGCACUUGAACGUAGUGCAAUAAAGUUCUUGUAAGUAAAA